AUGGGCCCUGCCCGCUGAAGGAAGCACGACAAUGUGAAAUUGGCGCUUCAGGGUUGGGAGAUUGAGGAAAAGUUUAGGCAGAUGGUGGGAAAAGGAAAAGAAGUAGAGCUGAAAAGGAUAGACCUGGCAAUAAAACGGUUCCACAAGAAGGUGCUAGUAGCAAGAGCAAAAGAAAACCAAAGGAAUGAGGAUGAAAUAAAAGAAACUGAAAAAAGAUAA